AUGACCAAGGACACUUUUUUAGGAUUUUUGUUGCUCAUAUUCAUUAAGAUAACCAUCGGCAAUUUUUUCAAGGGUGUGGCAGUAUCAGGUGCUUGGAUAUGUUUGGAUAACUAUAACACAAUUGCUGUAGAAGUAGUAUCUGUUCUGGCUCAGCACACAAGUGCAGUAAUCCAUGCUCUUCAAUCAAAUAUGAAAGCAGUCAUUUUUGAAGGUCUUGAACUUCCUUUGAAAACCACUGGAUUUCUGUGCAUUACUGUGGAUGUACAGUGUGAAACAUGCUCUGCAUUACCUGCAAACUUGAGGAAAUUCAUGAACACUGUUAAAGCCUUUUUGAAAAGCUACAAUGUUGUCUUCUUUGUCUGUUUGUGUUGUGAAUUAGUUGAGUGGAGUACAGAGAUCAUAAUUUUUUACGAAUGUAUUAGUUGUAAAUUAAGUGGAAUAAGUUUCAUGAUAUUUGCUGAAUUUAUCUCUAAGAUUCGUACAUAA